AUGAGCGAAUUUCCAUUGCAUGAGGCUUGUAUGAAUGGAGCCUAUCAACAGGCGGUUGAGUUACUGGAAGAAAAUAGCUCAUUGGUAAAGGUAAGCGAUAAAGAUGGCCGGUAUCCUAUACAUUGGGCGAUUUCAUUUCAACAUGAAGAAAUAGUUGACGAAUUAUUGUCUCACAUGAAGAAAAUUGAUUUGGAUUCUUUGGUAGACGACUCUAAUUGGUCGCCCAUUCAUAUUGCUGCUGCUGUCGGUAACUAUUCCAUUUUUGAAAAGUUGUUGAAACAUGAUAUAGCUCCCCUACUGGAUGAAUGUACUGCGCAAGGGACAACACCAUUGCAUUUGGCAUGCUCAAAGAAGCACCUUAAAAUUGUUGAGAAGCUUAUCGAGCGCGGUGCUUCUGUUAGGAAGAAGGACAAGAAGGGGCAAUUGCCUCUCCACAGGGCGUGCGCAAUUGGUGCGAGCGGGUUAGUUAAGAUCUUAUGCGAGUCUAAGUCACCUAUUGAUACAAAGGACAACAAUGGCUGGCCUCCGUUGUUCCACGCACUAUCCGAGGGUCACGGGGAUAUUGCUGUCAUGUUGGUUCGAGACUACAAUGCUGCAUGGGAAGAUGUGAAGAGCAAUGCUGAAGAGACAGCUCUUCAAGUUGCGGUUGACAAAAACGUCCGGGAAUAUUUUGUUAAUAACGUCAAUUGA